UUUUUAAAAUUUAUUAAAAAAUGUGAUAACAACUUUUUUUAUUAAUAUAAAUUUAUUUAAUAAUCCAAAUAAAAGUUGAAAAUUAAUAAUUAUUUAUAGAAAAUUGUUCUCAUGUUUUUUUUAUUUUUUAUUUUUUAUUUUUUUAUCUCCCCUAAAUCUAAAAAUAAAAAAAAAUAAAAAAGGCACCCACUUCUCUCUCGGGCAUCAAGAACCCUUUUCUGAAGGUGUCUUCCAGCGAGAGAAUCCCUAAAAAGCCCUAUUUUCCUCUGCUACUCUCAAAUCUCAAUCCUCGCAGGUACUAAUCUAAUCAUGUUAUUAUUAUUUUUUUUUUUGCAACCCCCGUUUGAUUCCCAAGAAAAUCCAUCCCCAUUCGAUUUCCGGGAAAAUUCAUCCUCGUUUGAUUUCCGAGAAAAUCCAUUCAAAACUCCCAAAGAAAACCAAAAAAAUUGCUUUUCUUUUGCUCCCUGUGUUUUCUGGAUCUGUUUUAGGGGUCUCUUUGCUGUUGUGCCAUUGGAUUUAAAUUUCACGAACCCUAAAUCCACGAUUUUUGAGUCAGGCUGAAAAACACAACUGCGCGGGCUGGACUGGUAGGAAAUAUCGCGAUUUUUCUCCGAUUUUUCGGUGCUUCACCGAUAUUUCGCCGAUAUAUCGGCGAUUUUGUCGAUUUUUGGCCGAUUUUUCCGUCGAUCGAUAAUCGGUGCCGUUUAUCGUUUCCAUGCCGCACGAUAACCGAUAUUUCGACGAAAUAUCGGCGACAUUUUCCGAUUUUUCAAUCCAUGAUCUUAUAUCAGUCCCCGAGAGAGAAAGAGGGUUGAACCGUUGGAAUAUAUUUGGUUGUUUACAGUCAUGUGAAAUGCAAAACGGGGUUUUUGAGAAUGAUGGAACGGUGUUUUUGAGUUUGACACGAGGAAAAUGUCAGAAUUGUAGGUGGGGUUGGAAGGGGGGGUCUCCGCCAUCGGUGGCGGUGCCAGCAGGUUAGUUCAGGGGUAGCCUUGAAACAAAUACGAGUUGUCAUUGUCAGGGGCUUUAGCCCAAUGGUGGGGCAAUGACCGGCCCAAAUUCGACGGUACUAGCUGGCUCUCUCCGCCCUCUCGCCUGCUGCCAUGUGGCCCCUAACGAGAGAGGCAAAUUGGAAAAAAAACAAAAAUUGGCCUUUAUUGACAUCUUCAGCAAAUUUGAAAAAAAAAAAAAACGUAUUCCAACCUUAUAAUUUUCCCAUAUGAAAUGAAAAAACCUUUUACGAUAUUCCAAAAGGAAUUGGAAAAUUCUGAUGGUUAAAAUUAAUCACUAAGAACAUGGUAGGAGAUGAAAAUUUUCACUGAAUUUACAUUGUGAAACAAGGUUACGUCUCUGGGUCACACUCCAAAUCGCUACCCCAGACUCCAGUCUCCACGUGGCAGAUCGGCUUCCAAUAUUCCAAGGGCCAACGCAAUUAGGGCGGUUGGUGGGCCAAUGCAACGUCAUACAGCCGAGUAUGACUCAUAUUUUCCAUCAAUUCUCCCAUGAAAAAUAUAGGAUUUUUGGUCUCUCCUCUUAGUCUAUCAAUCCCAGCGUCACUCCUACAGGGCGUCCGUACCUACAGGGUUCCCUAAAAGUCUUCAACGACUAACAGUAGUACGCUACAGUCCACAGCCAACAAAUUUUGUAAGACCUGUGUUUUGGUUCAGAUGGUGCUAUUUAAUGUCUAUGAAGUUUCAUAGUUAAGGUUGCUUUCUUCCAUGGCAGCCAGAAUUGUCAGCUUCCUUCUUUUCUUUCUUGCUUUCGGAUUGCCCUAUUCACAUGGAGAAACUUGGAUUAAAGCUGGUUACUGGUAUGCCGGUAGUGAAUCUCCAAUUCCUGAUAUCAAAUCUGGGUUGUUCACUCAUCUUCUUUGUGCUUUUGCUGAUAUUAACCCUACCACCUACCAGCUUUCUAUAUCUUCUUCUGAAGAACACUACUUCUCUACCUUUACCGACAUAGUCAAGCGUAGGAACCCUUCUGUUGUAACACUUCUGUCCAUCUGGGGAGGACAAGGGCCCACGGGUUUGUCCAUCUUGGGUGAAAGGGUGAACUCUUCCAUGGUGUCUUUGAUGGUUAGGCAGCCCUCUUACAGAAAAUCUUUCAUUGAAUCCGCCAUGAAAACAGCUAGACUUUACGGGUUUCAUGGCCUGGACCUGUUUUGGCUUUGGCCUAACACCGAGUCUGAUAUGAAGAAUAUGGGAGCCCUCCUGGAUGAGCUGCGAGCAGCUGUGAAAUUGGAGUCUAGAAAUUCUGGUAAGGCACCACUGAUAUUGACUAUGGCUGUUCAUUAUGUGCCAACUCUCUACUCAGUGAGCUACCACAUUGAGGCAAUACAGAGGAACUUGGAUUGGGCACAUAUUCCAGCAUAUGACUAUUAUUUGCCUUCAAGGGUGAACUUUACACACGCCCAUGCUGCUUUGUAUGAUCCAUUGAGCAAUGUUAGCACUGAUUUUGGUAUUAGGGAAUGGAUCAGUAAAGGGUUCCCUGCUAGUAAGCUGGUUUUGGGGUUGCCUUACCAUGGAUAUGCAUGGACACUUGUGAACCCUAACCACAAUGGCAUUGGCGCACCCACUUCAGGUAUAGCCAUGACAGCAGAUGGAUCCAUGAGCUAUAAAUACAUCAAGUGGUUCCUUCGAAGUUAUGGGGCUACUUCAAUGUACAAUGCUACUUAUGUAGUGAAUUACGUCACUAUUGGAACAACUUGGAUUGGUUUUGAUGAUGUGCAGGCUAUCAGAGCUAAAAUUUCUUAUGCCAAGGAGAAGAAGCUACUUGGUUACAAUGUGUUCCAGGUUAGCAACGACGACAAUUGGGCGCUUUCUCAGGCAGCUCAAGAUGAUGACAAAGUUCAUCACAAGAAGCAGGAAUUAUUGAUAAAAAUUCUGGUUCCAAUUGCUGUACUUAUUCUUGUAGCAGGCUCCAUAAUGUGUUGUUACUCACGAAGCAGAGUACUCAAAGCAAUAGGGACCAGGAAUUUAGGCAAAAUAUCACUACAUGAAGUAGGAAGCAAAUCAUCAGGUGUUGAAAAUUUUAACAGUAAUGCUCCUAAUCUGCGAGUGUUCAGUUUUGCUGAGAUCAAAGAGGCUACAAAUAACUUUUCCUUUGAAAAUAAGCUUGGAGAGGGUGGAUUUGGGCCUGUUUACAAGGGUAAAUCACAGAAGGGAGAGGAAAUGGCAGUGAAGAGGCUUUCGAAAACUUCUAAUCAGGGAGCAGAGGAGUUCAAAAAUGAGGUUACACUUACAGCCAAACUGCAACAUGUAAAUCUAGUUAGGCUUCAGGGAUUUUGCACGGAAGGAGAAGAAAAGAUGUUGAUCUAUGAGUACAUGCCCAACAAAAGCCUGGAUUUCUAUCUGUUUGAUCCUACUAGGCGCUAUUUUUUAGAUUGGACAAAGCGCAUCGCCAUCAUUGAAGGGAUUACUCAAGGACUUCUCUACCUCCAAGAAUACUCCAACUUCACUAUAAUUCACCGGGAUUUGAAAGCUAGCAACAUUUUACUGGACAGCGAGAUGAAGCCCAAGAUUUCAGAUUUUGGCAUAGCUAGAGCUUUCCAAAAGGAUGAACAUGAGGCAAGUACAGGCCGGAUUGUAGGAACGUAUGGCUACGUUCCUCCUGAAUACGUUCGAAGAGGGAUAUACUCCAUGAAAUAUGAUGUUUAUAGCUUCGGAGUUCUACUUCUGCAGAUAAUUAGUAGCAGGAGGAAUUCAUGCACAUAUGGCUUGAGCCAAAACCUAAACCUUCUAGAAUAUGCAUACGAGUUGUGGAAAGAGGGAGAAGGCAUGAGGUUUAUGGACCCAUCACUAGAUGACUCAUCUUCGUCUUGUAAACUCAUGGCAUGCAUGCAAGUAGCCCUGUUAUGCAUCCAAGAAAAUCCGGACCAUAGACCAACAAUGUUGGAAGUGUCUUCAAUGCUCAAAAGCGAAACUGCAGCCAUGCCUGCCCCUUUAAGGCCUGCUUUUUCAAUCAAAAGUAAUGAAGAUAAAUUAUCAGUCAAUGAUGCCACCACUUCUUCGCAGCAAAAUAUAUUAUCAGUCAAUGAUGCCACCAUUUCUGAUUUGGUACCACGGUGAUGGUGCAGACUGUCCUAAUAUGAAGAAAUGAUAACUUGUGAUUUUGGGUAUCAUCUGUUGUUAUUAGCCUCCCGAUAAGAUUGUAAAUGUUUAUUACUUAUUUAUUGUCACUUGUCAGUAAUAUAUGAUUUUCCGGGAAACCCGAGGUGGAAUUGGGAAUUCAAAA